AUGAGUGAUUGUUCCCUCUGCCAGUUAGAUGUAUGUGGCCGAGCCCCCCUAAACAAUAAGAUUGUUGGAGGGGGGAGGGCAAAAGCAGGGGCUUGGCCGUGGCAGGUCAGCAUUCAUGUCGUCGGCUUUGGUCAUCACUGUGGCGGGACUCUCAUCACUAAAGACUGGGUUUUAUCUGCAGCUCACUGCUUCCAGAGAUUCGGUGUGUCUAACAUUGUGAUGUACUUCGGGCGUCUGCGCCAAUCCGGCUCAAACCCUUAUGAGACAAACAGGACAGCGAGACGAAUCAUUACCCAUCCUAAUUAUGAUGAUUAUAGUCUUGACAAUGAUAUAGCACUGAUCCAGCUCUCCUCCGCUGUGAAUUUCUCUGAUUACAUUAGGCCGGUCUGUCUGUCUACUGCAAAUAGUACAUUUGAUGCAGGUACAGAGAGCUGGGUCACUGGAUGGGGCAGGCUACAACCUGGAGGCCAGUUUCCUAAAAUUCUGCAGGAGGUGAUGAUACCAGUUGUGAGCAAAAGUGACUGUAAAAACGUUUAUGGAUGGUUCUUCACAAGGAAUAUGAUUUGUGCUGGAUUGUUAAAUCAGGGAGGGAAAAGUAUUUGUCCGGGAGACUCUGGAGGGCCAAUGCUCAGUAGGAAUGGCUCCCUGUGGAUUCAGUCCGGCAUUUCGAGUUUUACUCGAAAGUCUUAUUUUCAAGUCUUACACAGCGAGGAUUACUUGGCACAUGGUGCAUUUGUUCUAAAUAGCAUGUUCUGA